AAAUAUGAAUAAUUUAACAGAAUGGAUGCCCUUUGUCGACAACGUUUAUACCAGUGCCAGUACAAAGAGAGCGUAGAACGAAAGGAUUAAAAAUAUGUGACUCAGAGUCUGUGACAGCUGUACGACUUCUCACCUUGUAACUGAUCAACAAAAAAUGCGCUUUGUGUUGAAAGAUACCACCCGUGGAUAAGACUAUAACAAAUGCAAAAUCAUUAAUGAACUUUUAAAGGAAACUACUUCUAUGCGUGUGUGUUAAGAAAUGAAAAUUCCUUGGUCAUUUAUUCGCGUAUACUUUUACUAUCAAAAAACAUGUAAAUCGAAUCAAUUCCUCUGCCAAGCUUGUAUAUAUGAAAAAAAAAAACAACACUUGCGUGUAACCGCAAACCUCAAGCACGAAGCAGCGCAGAAACAGUUCCAGGAACAUCUCUUUAUGUUACUUGUGUAUAGUACACCAGCUAAGCCGGUUCAGACAGACAUUUGUGCCAUGCCGCCAGUCAACGAAUAAAUAGCCUGCCUUUAAUAAAGUGAGACUGAUUUGCUCGCGUCAUCGCCCGGUGGGUUACUAGCUAACGAUCCUCCCACGGAAGUAUUUUCUGACUCGAGCAGCUGCUUACUGAAAGUGAUCUCGUUAGAAGCAAAGCAAUAAACACAAUUUGACUUUGGCAAUCGAAUUUUCACAAUCAAGACCAAUCGAAAAGAAUUACAGUCACAGUGAGAAAGAUCAAAUAUUGCCAUAUCUGUUUAAAAUCGGUUGUGAAGUGAACAAUCAAUAGAGAAUCGUUUUUUGUGUGAUAUCAUACCUACCAUUUGUAAAUUGUUUUAACAUGGCCGCGAAUUCACUGUCCAAAGCUAUUUUUAUCCUGGCAGUGACCAUCGCCAGUAUAGACAGUGCCAAAAUUUUAGCGAUUUUCCCAGUGCCUUUUAAAGAACAUCAGCUUAUGUAUAGGCCAUUGAUUGAACAUCUAGCGGAUAAGGGACACGAUAUUACGCUACUAACAACGGACGCGAUUGACUUGCGAAAAGCCGGGAAAGGAUCACUGAUACAACGAAUUCAGCAAAUCGAUCUGGGUUUCGUCUACGAUUUGCCGAUUCUAGAAGACUUGAACAAGGGUAACCUUGAUGCCAGAGAUAUGCUGCGAAACGUGUUCAAUGUUAUGAGGAAAAUAUCCGAGGCGGAAUUACGACAUCCUCUGGUGCAAGAACUAAUUCUUGGUACUGCCCACUUUGACGUCGUUAUGGUUGAAUGGUCCGGAGUUAGCUUGAUGAAUGCCUUCGCCUAUCACUUCAGUGCUCCGCUGGUUGGAGUUACUAACGGUGGAGCAUACAUCAAUGCUCACGAAGCUCUCGGUAAUCCGAACCAUCCAAUUGGAUAUCCCAGCAUCUUCAUGCCGUUUACUGAAGAUCUCAGCCUACUGCAGCGAAUUUCCAGUGUGUUUUUCACUAUUUGGUAUCGCUUCUAUUACUACGCAGAGGAAAUCCCCAAACAGAACCUGAUUGCCAACGCAAUAUUUGGGUCAGAGGUACCGGAUCUGUUCGAGAUCGAGCGACAAGCUGAUCUACUGUUGAUUAACUGCUACCAAGCGCUUGGUAAUGUGCGCCCAGUGGGUCCAACCACCAUUUAUCUCGGUGGAAUCCAUCAGAGCCGAAAUAUGAUAGAUGGAACAUCGUUCGAUUUGAACCAGUUUCUAGAGCAUUCACAUGAACCAAUCGUUUACGUUAACCUUGAUCCCGCUGCCGAUCAAUGGAGAUUGGAUAAAAUCAUCAAAGCAUUGGAGAAACUGGACGCAACCGUUGUUUGCAACUGGAAUAGUGGUCAGUUCAUCAACACCACGGCAAGAAUCUACCAGUCGUACAAUUUACAACAGGAGGAGAUUCUCGCUCAUCCGAAGGUCAAACUGUUCAUCACUAGCGGUGGCCAACGGAACAUUGAGGAUGCCAUCCACCAUCGCGUUCCGGUUUUGGGUAUCAGCUAUUCCAGUUCGCUAGAGCAUUAUCUACGUCAAGUAGCCAAAUACGAAAUCGGCAUCAUCUCGUUGAUUGACUUCGAAACUCAGACAUCUAUCACUGAAAAGUUGCAGGACGCCUUUUUAUUGGAUGUUUACCAAUCUAACGUGGACGAACUCAACCGUAUGCUAGCGGACCAGCCAAUGACUUCGCUUGACCGCGCAGCCUGGUGGAUUGAGUACGUUGUUCGUCAUGGUGGUACCAGACACUUGCGAGCGCCGCAACUCUCAUGGUUCCAGUACUUGAUGCUAGAUGUCACACUAGCGGUUGCUGUCCUAGCUACGCUGGCCGGUUUGGCGAUAUGCUAUUUAGUAACCCGUGCCAUACGUUACUCUAAAAGCUUACCAUUCGAAAUGGUAACGCGUGGCAGUAAAAAGUGCAAGCUAAUGUGAGUGCAUCUAAAAAUUUGAAGACUACUUUCCUGAGUAACUGCCCUGCUGUUACCUUCGGGAAACGGAUAAAGUUUACUCAGUUUGUACAUUACAGAUAAGGACACCAAAAAUGCAAAUUCGUUUAGAUAUCAUUACGCGACUUUAUUCGUACUAUUAAUGUUAACACAGUCAAAUACCUUUUAAGUAUAUGCAUACGACAAAAUGUGAUAUUAGAGUUGAGAGAAAAUAAUACAAUAAUUUAAUGAUAAUUGCCAAA